AUGGAAAGCACAAUUGAACCUUGUAAAGUGCGAACGUUAGUUGUUCCCGUUGGUACUUGGAAGAAAGAUGCGUACCUUGCUGCCGUUGACGAGUUGGAAAGACACGGUGAAAUACGACUAGUGGAUGUGACACCUUUACCUGAUUGUACCUUCAACCCACAACUAUUUCCACACGGUAGAGUUUUAUAUUCCUUCUUGACGAGAGAGCAUGACAGCAAUUCGAUGAUGUUCUUGCAUGAUUUCGAACCGUACAGGAAGUUAUUUGUUGUGAUAGGGCUUUGUAAUGAUGGUUUGAUAUCUACAGAGGCAUGUGUUAAUGAGCUGCGGGAACGUUAUGGUAGUGCCAUAUCUUACGCUGUGAUAUACAAUGAUAGAUCUAAAGUUGUAGAACAAUCAACGAAAUAUGGAUUCUCGAGAUCUGAAGAACCUUUGGAAACAAUUAUGUGUGAUAUUACAAGAAAUUUCUUGGAAUCAUUGCAUGUGUAUUAUAGCUCCUAUAAGCAUGUUACAUUGAGAUCCCCUGGAGCCAUAGGAGGGCCAUCCGUGCUAAAAACUACUUUGACUAAAAAAUCACAAACAACAGCACCAAUCACAAAUCCGCGCUCUAAAAAAGGUAGUUCUCUGUCAAGCAAAGAUGAUUCUUCCUCUUCUAGUUUAUCCAUAUCCGAUGACUCGAUCAAGGAUAAAUCUAAACGUUACUCGUCAUUGAAUGCUUUGAGUGGUGGUACAUCAGAUAAAUCUAUGCAACGGUCAAAAGCCAGGCAGUUAAAGCUAUUGGCAAAUCUUCAGUUACUAGCGGGACAGUAUCUGUUGUCUAUGAAUAACUUUGCAGAAGCUGCCCGUAUCUUACACAAGAUUCAUGAUUAUAUUUGGCUUGGAAGUUCACUUGAAGGAAUACUAACAUGUAUCAUAUUAAUUUCGUAUCUUCAGCUCCCUUUCCAAGUCCCACCAAUCAUACAUUCAUUAUGUUCUUUAUCUCAAAAUUCUAAUAGCAUACUAUCACCCACUACCUCCCGCAGAAGUUCCAUGCAAUCCGUGGCUUCUCCCAGGAAUUCAGUGAGCACCAUCACUGCUGCUUCGCUCGACCACACAAAUAUUGACAUACCAAAGUUGGUCAAAAAGAUAGCAGAUAAAGCAUUGUAUUAUUAUGACUAUUCACUUUCCUACUCAGUGGAAUUCACUCCUCAAGUUGUGUAUUGUAAGAGCAUACUUCGUACGCUGACAUUUAUGUCCUUAUGCUAUAAAGCAAACGGUUUUGAUCAGCGAGCCCUUCAAGAAAUGAUAUUUUCGGAUAUGUCAUCAUCAGCCGUUCAAAACCAGGAUUCGCUACAAGAUGAAUGUAUUUUCACAAAAUCGGAAAUUUAUCAGUACUCGACAAAAAUCUUCGAGCUUCAGUUGAAAUCGAUGGACCUGUCAUCUCAGAUUCAAAUAUAUUUGACGCUCUGCAUGGUUUAUGACAAUUUGAAUAUGUUCAGGAAGAAAUCAUUUGUUCUGCGAAUCUUGUUUAUAUCAAUAUUAUCUCAACUUACCAAUGACUAUCUCUCAGAAAAUUACCAUUCUCUGAUAGAUGAUUUAAUGAAAAAUUAUAGAAUCUCAGGUUGGGAGCCUGAACACAAACUUCAAGAUGCAUCUAGUUACAAUUGGGUGACUUUACAGAAAAACGUUUUGAUGUUAAUUAUAAAAAUUAGCGCUCAUUUCAAGAAUUAUAAAAACGUUGUUGAACACUCCCAGCUUCUUCUCAAACGGUUUUCUCAUACUCUGACGAAACUUGAACAGAUUGACUUAUUGAAUCAAUACAUUCUUCCACAUCAAAACGAAUAUCCCGUUGAAUAUAUGGACCCAUUUUUGAUCCGUGACAUUUGCUUCAGCAGGACUCGGUCGGAAGAGAUGCCAAUGCUAAAAGUAUUGCGGGACGAAGAGUCCAGGACUUUCAAUGAUCCGCAUCAAAUUUUCAAUCCUUUCGCGUCAGUACAUCACAAAACGAAAGAAAACGAAACAGAGAAUUCAAAUUACUUUUUGGUCGCUGAGACUGUUCAGAUGGUAAUAACGUUCCAAAACCCAUUUAAAUUCGAUGUCAGGAUAAAUUCCAUAAACUUUACUGAGGAUGAUGCACAGUUCAUGAAAAUAGCAGAUCUUGAUCUGACCUCUUGUACAAUACCAGCCUCCUCAAAGAAACAGUUUUGCGUUGGAGUUACUUUCGUAAGGUCCACCCUAACUUUGCAUCAGUUAAAAGGACUUUCAGUUUCUGUACUGGGGUUGCCUUCAAAGUUCUGGGGAAUUUGUAAGCAACCCGGUAAAUUCAACACUCAGGAAAGAUGUACCCUGUAUUCCGUCCCAAUCACCAUUAUUGAUCAACAGCCUACAUUGUGUUUCUUAUCAACCACCUUAGUGGAUAACCGUGUAAUGCUUUUAGAUGGUACGGAGACUGAGUUUAAAGUAUUUUUGAGAAACUCUUCUCUUUCUAGUCCCAUAAAUUAUUGUAGUGUUAGCUGGAUCACUAACGUUGAAACUGAAUUGAAAGAGAAUUACUGGACCAGUUUAGCACCAGAUGAUCUAUAUGACGUUGAUUCGCAGCUAAAAUGGUUGAGAGAAAAUUUCAUCUCAAUAUCCUCGAUUCCAAAUGAAGUAGGUAUUAAUGAAUCCUUCCACUUCAGUGUUAAUUUGGAUGUUACAAAGGCGCCAUUCACUUUGAAAUGGGCACGCAUUACGAUUCAAUAUGGCUAUAAAAAGUCUCCUGAAGAUCUAGCAGUUUACGUGAAGUCAUUAACCAUUCCAAUUGAGAUUACUUUACAGAGAGUACUAGAAGUAUCUAACGUCAAUUUUAUUCCAAUUCCAGAAGCUUUUGAAGCAGCAUCAGACAUAGGAUGGAUAAAGUAUCUACGGAGUCAUCAGAGUGUUCAAUCAGAUUACGUUUUGAUGCUGAUUGACAUGAGGAAUUCCUGGUUAUUACCUGUAUCGUUUUCUUUCCACUAUGAUGAGUAUGUUUCUGAGAGGGAAAGUUUGGAUUCUAACGAGACGAGAAGAUUUGUGGUACCAAUUCGAAAGAUCGCAAACUAUGACGAUUCUCCAAAUUUUAAGGACAAACUUAUCCCGAGAAUUGAUGAAAGUAAACAAUAUCUAACCUCUGGACUCACUUUAACCCAAGAAAAUGAGAUGAGAGAAAAGUUCUGGUGCAGAGAACACAUCCUAAACCGCUUAAAGUGCACAUGGGAUACUGCCUUAAAUGAACAUACUGAAGGGUCUGUUGAAUUUCGCCAGUUUGUAGAAAAACUCGAUAAACAAGUGAUCUCACUGGUGUACCCACCAUCAAAUGUGUUUGAUAUCAAAGUAAGUGCAAGUGAAACCACAGUAAAAGUAGGUACACCUGUGCGUUUGAACGUAACUGUGAACACGACGUUACAUACAGAUCUUGUUCCUAUCAGAUACUAUAUACUGGACUAUUUCACAGGUAAAUCUGUGCUUAGCGAUCAUCCAAAGUCUAUCGUAUUCCAGGGCCAAACGUCAACAUUAGUGAGACCGCGGAUCACGACAGAAUUCAACAUCUUACCUCUAAAAAAAGCUAAGUUUCAAAUUGAAAUUGAAGUGCCGGGAAACAUCCUGACAAGGGAACCAAUCAUUAUAACAGCAGGAUGA